CCGCCUGCGGGAUGCCAGCCCAGUGGCUCAGUGGCUCAGUCGCCAGCGGCCCAGAACCGCCUCCAAUUCGCGCGGGCAACGAAAUUCCAUGGGCUGUGAAAUGCCCUCAUUCUGUUCUGCCAGCCUUUGUGAGCCUUGCAUGCCCUGCUCACCGGGCGAGUUCGCAGCAUCAUCACGACACGUGCAUGCCCUGAUCCGACGCAGUCACCUUACUCGCCCGCCUGUCUCUUGAUUGACGCCUUUUCUCUUUUUUUUGCUGGGGAUGGCGCCUCUGCCCCUCCGUCGGCCUGCAUCAACACCCCAAUCGAUAUCCACCACAUCGAAUCUGCAUCAACUCUCUCAUCGACUCGCUCGCUCGCCCCCAUUUCCGAGCGGCGGCAGCCUCUCAUGACGCCCUUUGCUGUCGUAGCUUGUCUUGACUCGUUUCAUGCCCAUAGACUUGCCUUAUAGAGAUCGACGCCCUUGCUUCUCUGUUUCCCCGCCAUCAUGACCGCCUCCACUCACGAACCGGCCAACGGCCUGGUUAACGGUCACCACUACGUGCAGGAUGUCAACGUCUGGAAAAAGGCGCCGGUCCUCACAGGAACCACCAAAUUCGAGCCCCGUCCUGACGUGAAGAAUAUCAUGGUCACCGGCGGAGCUGGCUUCAUUGCCUGCUGGCUGGUCCGUCAUCUUACCUUGACAUACCCAGAAGCCUACCAGAUUGUCUCAUUCGACAAACUAGACUAUUGCUCCUCGCUCAACAACACACGCGUGCUAGAGGACAAACCCAAUUUUUCUUUCUAUCAUGGUGAUAUCACCAACCCAACCCAGGUCCUCGACUGCAUGGAAUUGUAUCACAUUGACACUGUGCUACACUUUGCGGCGCAGUCCCACGUAGACCAUAGCUUUGGCAACUCCUAUGGUUUCACCCACACCAAUGUGUACGGAACCCAUGUUCUUCUGGAGAGUGCAAAGAAGGUAGGGAUCAAGCGGUUCAUACACAUUUCCACCGACGAGGUGUACGGUGAGAUUAACGCAGACGACGAUGAUGUGCUCGAAUCCAGCAUCCUGGCCCCGACCAACCCAUAUGCUGCGAGCAAGGCCGCUGCCGAGAUGCUGGUCCAGUCUUACCAGAAGAGCUUUAAGCUUCCCGUCAUUGUUGUACGCAGCAACAACGUAUAUGGCCCGCAUCAGUACCCAGAGAAAAUCAUCCCCAAGUUUACCUGCCUCUUGAACCGUGGACGGCCCGUAGUGCUACACGGGAACGGCAGGCCGACCCGAAGGUAUCUGUACGCCGGAGAUGCCGCGGACGCAUUUGACACCAUCUUACACGAGGGCCAGAUAGGCCAGACAUACAAUGUUGGAUCAUAUGACGAGGUGUCCAACUUGAACCUGUGCGACAGGCUCCUCGACUUGAUGAAAAUAGAACAUGAAACUCCUGAACAAGUUUGCAAGUGGAUCAAAUAUACGCAUGAUCGGCCAUUCAACGAUCAGCGGUAUGCCACAAACGACACCAAACUACGGUCACUGGGAUGGGAACAGAAGACCGAAAUUGCAGACGGCCUCAGGAUCACGGUGGACUGGUACACGCAAUUUGGUGAGACAUGGUGGGGAGAUAUUAGCCAUGUCUUGACGCCAUUCCCCGUGGUCAGCGAAGGGGAGGUGAUGCCGGAUGACGAGCAUUCGAUGCGGGACGAGCCGCUCAACCAUGACGAAAAUGGAGCAAGCCACGACGGGAACCAGAACGGAAUCCAGAACGGGGCCGAGAACGGGGCCGAGAGCGGGACCGAGAACGGAGUUUGACAUCAUCGCACUCCCGGCAGACAACGCCUGGAGCAUUGCUCCGGAGAAGAAACUUAGAAUGUUGGAAUGCUAGAACCCUGGAACGGUAGAAACCCAGAACCCGGUUUGCUUGAUGUCGGCCCAAGAGCCUAACAAAGCCUAACAAGCCAAAUCCAAGUGGACGGUCAAGGGAAGGACCGAAAUAUACCAUGCGUGGGGGUGGAGGGUUGCUCGAUAAUAGACGGAGUAUGACUGGAGGCGAUAAGAGCAUUUUCCCACAGGCAGUCAGACAGGACGGGGGGGAUUCAGGUAGGUGAUGGAAGAGGACGAGACCAUAGACAGAAAGAAAGAGAAGGAGCAUGGGCAUAUUAGCUUGAUGAUUUUUUACCUUGCAUAGUCUCCGCGUCGUAUGAGAAUAGAGAGAGAGGGGCCGCAGAAGAUAUAGCGCCUUGUUCACGGU